AUGUUGAAACCGAAAGCAUUAACACAAGUGUUAAGCCAGGCUAACACGGGGGGCGUUGAAAACACCCUGUUAUUGAAUCAUCAAGGAGCACUGUUGGCUUAUUCGGGGUACAAUGACAAAGACGCAAGAGUCACAGCAGCAAUCGCCAGUAAUGUUUGGUCGGCCUAUGAGAAACAUGGCAGAAACGUUUUUAAAGAAGAUAAGUUGCAUUUGAUACUAGUAGACUGUUUAAAUGGAAAGAUUGCCAUUACACAAGUAGCUAAUUUACUAUUAUGUCUUUAUGCAAAAGAGACAGUUGGUUUUGGCAUUCUAAAGGAGAAAAUAAAUGCUAUUGCCCAGUAUCUGGAAGGGCCUCUAAAACAAGUAGCUAGUUCAUAA